UUAAUGACUUGCUCUAUGGUUAACGGGAUAAUUUGUACGGUACUGUUUGUUGUUUUCGUAAUGGCCCAUGGACAAGAUGCGCCUUACUUGGCGGACGGACCUGGCGGAAAUCCAUUUAUUGAUGAAAUUAAUAAAGCCAACAUGGGGAUUAACGGAUAUGAUCGCAACCCCAACACCCAGUUUAACAUAAUGAACCCUGACCCAGGUUUCUACCGUCCCACGUACCCUGGUGCUGGUGUCCACUCCGUCAAUGUUGUCGACAACAAUGGGCCUUACCAACCCAUCGCUACUGGACCAACAUUAGUGCAACCAGGCUAUCCCGGGCAUCUUAAUAAUUAUCAUAAUCCGGGUGCUGUGAACAUAAUGAAUCCUGACCCAGCAUUCAACCGUCCCACUUAUCCUGGUGCCGGCGUCCACUCCGUCAAUGUUGUCGAUAACAAUGGACCGUACCAACCUGUCGCUACUGGACCAACAUUUGUGCAACCAGGAUAUCCGGGGCACCUUAAUACUUAUCCUUAUGGCAGCCCAUUACGCAGAGGUAACACCAAAUCAAAAAAAUGAAGAAAUAAUUGUGUUAAAAAAUUACUUUUAUAAUAACUGUCCUGUUUAGGUACCGUUUAUAAUUUGUAAAAAGAAGCUUAGCUUUAUAAAUUUUAAUAUAUAAAAUACCC